CUCUGCUUGUGUAGAUUAUUCAAGACAUAUUUAUCUUGUCUCAUUGUCUCCUCGUGCUGUGAAAAUGCCCCCCAAAAUCCUUUGGAUACUAUUUGGAGGACUGGUGCUUACAAUCCCAGGUUAUAGUGUAAGUGAUGGUCUUCAGGUGGCUCGGCCACUGACUGGUGAGGUGAAGUAUUCCAGCCCAAGUGUGUGUGUGCUGCAGGGGACCUCUGUGGUCCUGACGUGCUCCUACACAGCACCCAGGAACCAGACAGUCUGGUCCACAUUCUGGUUCAGUCCCAAACUAAGUGGGAACUGGUGGAGUGUGGAGCAGCCUGAGGACCUUCUCUUAGAGCCAGAGUUUGCAGGCCGUGUGGCGUACAGCAGGACAGAAGACAGAAGCUCCACUCUCACCAUCACUGACCUGAGACUGAGUGAUUCAGGAGUGUAUCGCUGUCUGUUCAUAUCUGAUCAAGGGACACAUUCGGACUCAACCGGAGUCAAUGUUACAGUCACAGGCCUGCAGGUGCGGAUGAGUGCUGACAACGUGAGUGAGGGACAGAAGGUGACACUGACCUGCAGCACCACCUGCACUCUGAGCAACAACCCAACUUACAUCUGGUACAAGAACGGCAACCCCGUAUCUCACACACACACAACCAGGAGCAACAGGCUGGACCUGAUGUCAGUCAGCCGUGAGGAUGGAGGCAAUUACUCCUGUGCUGUUAAAGGACAUGAUCACCUCCCCUCUUCUGCAGUCACUCUCAGCAUCUCACACAGUGGAUCAGAGAAUCACCCUCCUGUUUAUGCAUCAGUUGGAAUCCUACUCGUACUUCUCCUAGCCGUGUCACUGGUCUGUGGUGUUCUGUGGAUUAGGAAGAGAAGUUGCAGCUCAUCACAGGAAACACAAACCACUGGAGGAAAUGUCCAGAUAAACCCUAUUGUGUGCAGCAGUGCCUCAACAAAAGUAGAAGAUUUGGAGGAUGAGAACAAUAUUCAGUACUCCAGCAUUCAGUUCCGUCAUCCCAACAAGCACAACAGCAACCUCCAGCCAGCUGAGAGUGAUGACUCAGGGGUGCUGUAUGCCUCUGUGAGAGUCCCUUCAACUGAACUGGUCUGAACUAGUUACAGUGCAACUGAAGCUAUUUUUACAUUUCACAGCAUUCUCUAUCUUUUUUCCCUUCAAAGUUGUGGAACCUGGGCUUUGGUAUUAUCCUGUCACGGCUCUGUCAGAAUGUUUUAAGGAUAACUGGAAGGCUAUUUCAUAUAUCCAGUUAGUUGUUCUAGUUGUCUAUUCUCCACAUUCACUGUCUGUUUUUUCAUGUCUAUUCUCUGAGUUGUAUGAA